ACAAAAUCGGCAGGUAACUCGCAGACCGGGGUCGCUCACGAGCAAUUAAAAAGAAAAAGGUAGUUAACGCUUACUAUAUUUAGUGAUAGGUAUGAAACUUUUGGAUUCAUAAAAAGCCCCCCCCCCCCUCCACCCUAAAAAACUUCAGGUUCAAAACAGCAUUCAUAUUAGCCCUGGAGAGGAAGAACUGCCUGGCGAGACAAUGAGAUGGAGAAAAUGGAUCUCACCACUGCAAAGAAUAUUAGCGGGCUAAUUAAUUUUCCGGCGAGUGCCAAUAUUCCAGUUGUUGACGGGGUGAAACAGAGCCGACUGCCGCCGAGCGGGACAGGCAGGCGCGGCCCAGAUGAGCCGUCGGCCUUGAGCAGGCAGUAUCGCCGGUGCCAUCUUCAUCUGGGGCGGGCUGUUUUUGCGAGGCGCCUGUGCAAUUCUGCGCGAUCCUGCGGGACCGCGCCCAGACGGCCCUGUCGCCGCCGGCGGCCGGCCUGGUCCCCUAGGUGGGUAUAUAUAAUCCACCGCGGCGGUCCCCACCGCAGCAGCAGCAGCAGCAACAGGCGGGGCACCGGACCAGAGCGCAGACAUGAAGCUCCUCGUGGUGGCGCUGCUGUGUGCGGCCGUCUCGCGCGGCCAGCCGGCCGGCUGGAGCGGCGCGCUGGCCGGCUGGCAGCGCUGGAGUCGCGCCGCGACCUCCCCGCACACGUUCGCCGACAGCAUCGGCCGCUCGGCGCGCUCGCAGAGCGCCCUGCUCGGCGUCACCGACAACCAGUACCGCUACAUCGACGCCGAGGGCACGGUGCGCACCGUCAAAUACUGGGCCGACACGCCCAGCCUGCGGUCGUCCGGCGCACAUACGCCGCACAGCCCCCAGCUGCGGAUGGCGGCGCCCGCACCGGCGCCCGUCCAGGACACGCCCGAGGUGGCCGCCGCCAAGGCCCAGUUCAUGGCCACGUUCCGGAUGGCCCAGCAGGGCGUGAUACCGGCGCCCGUCCAGGACACACCCGAGGUGGCCGCCGCCAAAGCCGAGUUCAUGGCCACGUUCCGCGCCGCUCAGAGGGCCCAGCGGAAGCGACGGUCCGUGACAGUGGGCCUCAGCCAUACACCAGCCUCAACGGCGCUGCUACCAGGAGCCUACUGGAGUCCAGUCUACUGAGAUGCUGCCAGGAGCCUACUGGAGUCCACUCUACUGAGCUGCUGUCAACAGCCUACUGGAGUCCACUCUACUGAGCUGCUGUCAACAGCCUACUGGAGUCCACUCUACCGAGCUGCUGUCAGCAGCCUACUGGAGUUCACACCAUUGAGUUGCUGUCCCAGUCGGGUCUGCUGGAAUCCACUCUACUGAGCUGCUGUCAACAGCCUACAUGGGUUCACACUAUUGAGUUGCUGUCAACAUUCUAUUGUAUUCUCAUGAGCUGCUGUUGGUAACAAUCAGCUAUGUCUAAAGUGUGCUAGAUUCAUGCCAGUGAAUUUUUGCACUAUUAAUAAAUGUUGGUGUGACAGGCUGCA